UAUAACAGACGACUGCAAGUAAAAUGUACGCUGAGUGAACUGUAAGUAUAAAAGAAGAUGGCUCUAAGCUUACAUUCAGUUUAUAAACAAAUACUGUAUGAGUGAACUGAAACUUUCGUACAUGCCGUAUCGAGCUGAUGCUCCACGUCUUCCCGUUCCCGAGUCCUGACACCGGCACAAACCUGUAGAACUACUAGUAUCGGAGACCCCUCCAUUUCAGUCCCAUCUCUCAUUUCCCUUGUAACUGGAAGCGAGGUCUCGGCGCCGCCGCCCUCUGCCUCGUACGUCCUCGGCGCUGCGGGAGCGUGCAUUGUUGAGCGAGUGCGGCCAAGCAACGCGGGCUCGAGGAGAUGAUGCUGAGCGGGCACGGCGGCGGGAGGCGCCUGUUCACGGCGUCGCAGUGGCAGGAGCUCGAGCACCAGGCGCUCAUCUUCAAGUACAUGGCCUCGGGCGCGCCCGUGCCGCACGACCUCGUCCUACCGCUCCGCCUCGCCACCGGCGUCGACACCGCGCCCUCCCUCGCCUUCCCGCCGCAGCCUUCGCCGUCGCGUACGACCUGCGCGCUUCUCUCCUCCCGACCCGACCUCCCCCGUCCUCGCCUCAUGUUUCACUCUGAUCAUCGACAGCCAUCAGCCCAUCACAUCAUCGCUGAUGACUUUGUACGUGUGACCGUGCAUGCAGUGGCGUACUGGGGCUGCUACGGCGCGGGGGCGCCGUUCGGCCGCAAGGCGGCGGAGGACACGGAGCCGGGGCGGUGCCGGCGGACGGACGGCAAGAAGUGGCGGUGCUCCAGGGAGGCCCACGGCGACUCCAAGUACUGCGAGAAGCACAUUCACCGCGGGAAGAGCCGUUCAAGAAAGCCUGUGGAAGUGACCUCCUCCCCCGCCGCCGGCCCCGCUGCGGCGUACCGACCGUCCGCGAUCUCCACCAUCUCGCCGCCCCGCGCGGCCGACGCGCCGCCGCCGAGCCUCGCCUACCCGCAGCAGCAUCUCCUCCACGGCGCCUCCUCCGCAGCAGGAGCAGCAGCCCGCGUCCCCGCUGGCGCUCUCCAGCUCCACCUCGACGCGAGCCUGCACGCGGCGGCGGCGGCGGCGUCGCCAUCGCCGCCGCCGUCCUACCACAGGUACGCCCACUACACACCGCCAGCGUCGUCGCUCUUCCCGGGCGGCGGCUACGGCUACGACUACGACUACGGGCAGUCCAAGGAGCUCAGGCGACGGCACUUCCACGCGCUCGGGGCCGACCUGAGCCUCGACAAGCCGCUGCCCGAGCCCGACACCGGCUCCGACGAGAAGCAGCCCCUGCGGCGUUUCUUCGACGAGUGGCCGCGGGAGAGCGGCGACAUGGCCGCGGACGACGCGACGCAGCUUUCCAUCUCCAUCCCCGCGGCUUCGCCCUCCGACCUCGCUGCUACCUCCGCCUCCGCCGCCGCCGCGCGAUUCCACAACGGGGAGUGAUCGGUCCAUCUCCUAGCUGCAGCCCUGCAACAGCGUGGAUUGACCGCUGCAUUUCCUGGCUGCAAUGCAAGCCUGCAACAGCGAGCAGUAAGCCAGUGACGUGGAUGCAUCUCGUAGCGGCAAACCCUGCUUCUGCCUCUGCGGUCUGCGCUGCUUUGCGCGGGACGGCUCAGGGGCUGAGGCUCAAAAAAGUCUGAACCGAGUCAAGCAGUACUAGGGACUCUAUGACUUGGUCUUUUGUUCUUUUGUAGCAGUACGUUACUCGUACCAAAUGUUGUUUAUUUUUUGUGUGACAUUUUCAUUUCUUCCAGUUCCAGUCUGUGAUGCAAGCUUUGUCGCUUUUGUCAGCUCUUUUUCGGUGACCCACGCCGGCCUUCGUGAUCGAUUCCCUUAUACUUAUACCUGA